AUGGUAGUUGAUGAUACGCUGGAGAUGAGCAUCAUGGUCGCCUCUGGAGGUCCCUCUUGCUUCCGGUUCCCCGAUGCUUAUCCCAAAAGGAGUUGUUCAGCUGAAAUGGGAGAUUCUCUGCUCACAGCCUUGUCAAUGGAGAAUCAUCACCCUUCCACGCUCUUGUCCAUGGAUUCCAGUGCUUCCUCUCACGACGAAUUGGAUUUGGAGAUGAAUCGGCAAAUCAUACUUUCCCGCCCCCCUGAUAUCAAUUUACCCCUGUCAGCUGAGCGCAGCCCACCUCCACCGUCGUGGAAUUCGGACCCUUGUGAUAUUCUAGAUGUUGGGCUUGGUCCACAGGUUUACGAGACUGAGAGUUUACUUACCAUCCCCAAGGUGGUUGGACGGAAAUGCGCCAAGCGGGUAGACAGCAUAUGGGGUGCUUGGUUUUUCUUCAGUUUUUACUUCAAGCCUGCAUUGAAUGAGAAAUCAAAGGCCAAAAUUAUCAGGGACAGCAAUGGGGUUAAUGGGUUUGAGAAGUCUGAUCUCAAGCUUGAUGUUUUCAUGGUUCAGCAUGACAUGGAGAAUAUGUACAUGUGGGUUUUCAAGGAGAGGCCUGAGAAUGCGUUGGGUAAGAUGCAGCUAAGGAGUUACAUGAAUGGACAUUCCCGCCAAGGGGAGCGUCCAUUUCCAUUUAGUGUUGACAAGGGUUUUGUUCGAUCUCACAGAAUGCAGCGGAAGCAUUAUAGGGGUCUUUCUAACCCCCAGUGUGUGCACGGGAUUGAACUUGUUCGGGCACCUAAUCUCAUUGGCCUUGAUGAGGACGAGCGUAAGAGGUGGAUGGAACUGACUGGGCGGGAUGUGAACUUCACAAUCCCUAUGGAAGCAGGUGACUUUAGUUCAUGGAGGAACCUUCCAAAUACAGACUUUGAGCUUGAGAGGCCACCUGCUCCACUAAAGAAUGUGCCAAAUUCCCACUCAAAGAAACUUCUGAAUGGAUCCGGGCUGAAUUUGUCUACACAACCAUCUAACAACAACAAUUCUGAUGGAAUGGACCUGUCUCCUGUCAGCAAGAGGAGGAAGGAGUUUUUUCCCCAUGGGAACGAUGACGAUUGCUUCCUGGCUGUUAAUCCUCCAUCUGAUCGAAUCCCAGAUAUGGAAAUCCACGCAAAUGGGUCGCAAUGGCCAAAUCACUUUAGUGGUGUAAUGAAGAAUGUUCAUGGACCUGUUACAGCUGCAAAAACAAUCUAUGAGGAUGAUGCAGGUUAUUUGAUCAUUAUCAGCUUACCAUUUGUGGAUCUCCAAAGGGUGAAAGUUUCUUGGAGGAAUACUCUUACUCAUGGUAUUAUUAAGGUGUCUUGUAUGAGCACAUCUCGCAUGCCAUUCAUUAAGAGACAUGAUCGGACUUUCAGGCUUACAGAUCCAUCCUCUGAACAUUGUCCUCCAGGAGAGUUUGUCAGAGAAAUCCCACUGUCCACCCGCAUUCCUGAAGACGCUAACAUAGAGGCUUAUUACGAUGGGCCAGGUUCUGUGCUAGAGAUUAUGGUUCCAAAACUCCGCGUUGGACCAGAAGAACAUGAGGUUCGUGUUUGCCUCCGCCCUCACCUUGGAGGCAAUGAUCUUAUGUUGACUUGA